UCCCAACUGGAGUGUGAAUUCCUUGAGUGUAAGUACCAUGCUUCUCUUGUCCUUUAUCUCUUCUGUGCAAAGCACACUAUGGCCUGGAUAAAUUCAUGCUGGGUCAUAGCAGGGUAGGUCUGCCUUAGAUGAGAGUUGAAUCAUUCCUUGUCAGUGGAAAUGUACAGUGGAAGAUGUUUAUUCUUUUUUGUAAACAGGCAAACCUUCAGAUAUUGACACUAUUCAAUUUUUAUAAUUCCAUUUUUAAAAAUAUAUCACAAGUGUUAACUCUAGCUCAACUGUUAACCAAGUGAUCCAAAAUGGUAGUUUAGCAAAUUAUAAAUUGAUUGAUGAGAUUUUGCCCCAUUGUGUCAGCACCAGAUAGUCACCCAAAGUUUGUGGAGAUGAGUCGCUCUUAGUCUGUUUAUGGGUGAAUUCCACAGGAUAUGGACACUAUUCCUGGCCCUUCCUCCCUACACUCCAGUACAUACCUGUCUGCAGACUUCCCAGAAGACAAAUGGGUUGCUCCUAUCUGGGGUUCUCUAGGAGUUACACAGCAACCAUUCAUGUUUUGUUCUGUAGGAUUAAUACAUUUAGGUCUUUAGUUGGUUUUGAUCCAAACAUUCUAAUUAUUUCAAUAUUUUUUUCUGUUUUAUACCUAGAAUUCUUAAGCUUAAUAGCUUUGGAUUUACCUAAAACUAUCCUAAGCUGAGAUUCAUACUGUAACUAUUUAAAGUCAGCUUUGCUUCUAGAAAAUAUAGUUAUGGACAACAUUUGGAGAUAAUUUUAAGAUUCCCCAUAUAAUGUUUGCAUUGCAGUUUUAGAAUGAGCAGAGAUUGAAUUGUUCACAUUGGAAUUCUGGUUUUGUCACUACAGACUGUACUGUCUUAAGCAAAUUGCUCAAGUUCUUUGAGUCUGUUUCCUUAUCUUUAAGCUAAGUGUAAUAUCUACUCUGCAGCCAUUUGAGAACAAUAAUAGCAUGACAUAUGAAAACUUUGUGAACUAUGAAAUAGCACACAAGCAUAUGUAUUGUUAUAUGCUUUUAACAAUAUGCAAAAAAUCCACCUCUCAAGUACUUUAAAGGUUUUUUUCUCUCUCUCAUGGAUGCUUUUACAUUCCUUAAAACUGUAAUGAAAAUAGUCUCAUUUAUAGGCCAACUUCUAUUUGUAGCCCCUGUCACACCAUUAAAGGGUUUAGUUAAAACUUGCCAUUAGAAUUAUAAUGUGAAUAAGGUCCAAACAUGUUUGAGUGGAGUUACAAGUUAAAAACAUAUGGUGUAAGGAAAGGCCCACAGGUGACAUUAUUAGGUCCUAACAUAUUUACCUGUUCACCUUUUUAUUUGCAGAUGAGGUUUGAACUUACUUUGUAAAAUAAGCAGAUAUGGUUUUGCUUUCGUUUUGGUUUUAGUUUGAAAAGGCCUUGAUCAUCAUGAUUCUUAAAAAUUUUGCAUUUUUGUAUUUUGGGAGAUGCUACACUCUCUACUCAGAAAGUGGGAUUGGGAUAUAGAAAUCUUGUAUUCCUGUGUUUGUGUCUAACAUCCUUUUUACCCUUAGAUAACAUUUAUGACUAGGGUAAGUAAGUUGGUCAGUUCACCUUGAAUUGCUGAAUGAAAGCAUUGAUUUAAUUAUUUCGGUUUCUUUAACUGCCCCUGACUCCCAAGAUAGCCCACAACAUCUCAGAGGGUGUUGACGGUUUCAUUCUUCCUGGAGCCUCUGAUCCCCACCUGGCCUUCUGCAUGCAUGGGAUCACUCCAAGGCAAAGUGGAUAAUUACCACCCUUUCUGUCUUGAAAAGUGUGAAAUGAAAUGUGUGUAAGAGAUUUAAAAAGAGCAUUCUCCUUUCCCAGGAUCUGAGUUAGACAUUAACAUCACUAGGUAAUUGUCAGGAGCAAUUGACAUGGCCAGAGGAGGAGAAAUAUAUUAAUAUGAGCACAAUCAUAACUGUUCCACUUGGCCCCAGUACCCAAAGAAAAAGCCCUUCCUUAAAUUCCUCAAAUGCACCCAAAUGACACACACCUUAGCUGGAUUGCCUGGGUCCUAAUCCUGGCUCUCCCACUUUCUCUCCUAUGACCUUGGACAAGCUAAUUGUCUUCUGUAUCUCUCAGUCCUCAAAAUGGUCUGUGACAGGAUUAGCAUCUAUCUCAUAGGGUUGCUGUGUGGAUUCAUUCAGCUAACAUAAAAAAGCACAAACAGGCUGGCACAGAGGUAUUAUAUGAGUAUUAGAUAAUAUUACUAUUGUCUUCUUAAAGAUUAAUUCACUGAUUUUUUGGAGUCAUUGAAUGUGAUCCAUUUCUAGAGUAAAAAGUUGAGUUUUCCCGGCUUCAGUAAUAUCAAAUUUCAUUUGAAAUUGAAUUCAUUUGGUUCAGUCAUUUAAUAAAAAAUGCAUUUGGUAAUAACCCCCAAAACAUGUUUUUUGAAACCUUCUACCUGUUCCUGUAAAAACCAUUAAAUCCACUGAAAUGAUACACAUCUGCUAUUAGCAUAAAAGAAAUUGUGCAAUGGGGAUGGAAUAAUGAGAAUGUUUUCAUUCAGACCCAAAGUGACAGUGAUUCAUGGCAUUCUGAUGUGGAUUCUUGAGCAAGUUAUUACAAAUAGGAACAUUUCAGAUGUUAGUCACUUAAAUUUUAAAAAUUUGACAAAUUUUACUGGGGACAAUAACUGCAUUAUGGUCUAUGAAGACAACAAAUGAAAGGGGAAGAAGAUAAGUAUUGUGUAAUUUAAGAUCAUAACCACAUUACUAACACCUUUUCAUGGGAAAGCUACUUUCUCAGUGAUAAAUUAUAGGAUAUAGGAUGAAUGAUAAAAGUCAAUAGUAUUUAAUUAAUCCUUUGUUGUGUUUUGAUGCCUACUUUCCUUAAAAUACAAUUUAAGUGCUGGUGUUCAUUUUUUAUUAACUGGUUUAUCUUACUCUCAUUUAAUAAUGAAGUCACUCAUUAAAUACUGAGGUGUACAGGAUAAUUUAUAGACUCCACCCCAAAUGAUUCUAGACAGUUUGGGCUUAAAUAGUUCUUUGUUUUUUAUGGUUUUUCUGUCUUGUGUUGUCUUGUGUGCCAUCACGUCCUAUCAUAGUCCUCUUAAGAGGCAUUGCUGAUUUGCUGCCUCUGAUCUGAUGAGAAACUGGGUAAUCAGACUCGUUAGAACUGUGUUUUUAAAAAGUUAUACGUGAAAACUUCCAUCUCUUUCCUUUUGUGCUCUAGGGCCUUGCUGCUGCUCCAAGUGGGAUCCGCAGACCAGCAGCAUCAGCAUUACCCUAUUAGAAAUGCAGGAUCUUGGGCCUCAGUCCAGACCUACUGAAUCAGAAUCUGUGUUCUAACAAGAUUCUCAGGACAUCCUUGGUGAUCUUGAAAGAGUCUGUAUUCCGUAUCAUGGCAUCGAUCUCUAUGAUGGGAAGCCCUAAGAACCUUAGUGAAACUUUUUUGCCUAAUGGCAUAAAUGGUAUCAAAGAUGCAAGGAAAGUCACUGUAGGUGUAAUUGGAAGUGGGGAUUUUGCCAAAUCCCUGACCAUCCGACUGAUUAGAUGUGGCUAUCAUGUGGUCAUAGGAAGCAGAAAUCCUAAGUUUGCUUCUGAAUUUUUUCCACAUGUGGUAGAUGUCACUCAUCACGAAGAUGCUCUGACAAAAACAAAUAUAAUAUUUGUUGCUAUACAUAGAGAACAUUACACCUCCCUGUGGGACCUGAGACAUCUGCUUGUGGGUAAAAUCCUGAUUGAUGUGAGCAAUAACACGAGGAUAAACCAAUACCCAGAAUCCAAUGCUGAAUAUUUGGCUUCAUUAUUCCCAGAUUCCCUGAUUGUCAAAGGAUUUAAUGUUGUCUCAGCUUGGACACUUCAGUUAGGACCAAAGGAUGCCAGCCGGCAGGUUUAUAUAUGCAGCAACAAUGUUCAAGCUCGACAACAGGUUAUUGAACUUGCCCGUCAGUUGAAUUUCAUCCCUGUUGACCUGGGAUCAUUAUCAUCAGCCAGGGAGAUUGAAAAUUUACCCCUGCGGCUCUUUACUCUCUGGAGAGGGCCAGUGGUGGUAGCCAUAAGCCUGGCCACAUUUUUCUUUCUUUAUUCCUUUGUCAGAGAUGUUAUACAUCCAUAUGCGAGAAAUCAGCAGAGUGACUUUUAUAAGAUUCCUAUUGAGAUUGUGAAUAAAACCUUGCCCAUAGUUGCCAUUACUUUGCUGUCCCUGGUAUACCUAGCAGGUCUCUUGGCAGCUGCUUAUCAGCUUUAUUAUGGCACCAAGUAUAGGAGAUUUCCACCUUGGUUGGAGACAUGGUUACAGUGUAGAAAACAGCUUGGAUUACUAAGUUUUUUCUUCGCUUCGGUCCAUGUUGCCUACAGCCUCUGCUUACCAAUGAGAAGGUCAGAGAGAUACUUGUUUCUCAACAUGGCUUAUCAGCAGGUUCACGCAAAUAUUGAAAACUCUUGGAACGAGGAAGAAGUUUGGAGAAUUGAAAUGUAUAUCUCCUUUGGCAUAAUGAGUCUUGGCUUGCUGUCCCUCCUGGCAGUCACCUCUAUCCCCUCAGUGAGCAAUGCUUUAAACUGGAGGGAAUUCAGUUUUAUUCAGUCUACACUUGGAUAUGUCGCUCUGCUCAUAAGUACUUUCCAUGUUUUAAUUUAUGGAUGGAAACGAGCUUUUGAGGAAGAAUACUACAGGUUUUAUACACCACCAAACUUUGUUCUUGCUCUUGUUUUGCCCUCAGUUGUAAUUCUGGGUAAGAUCAUUUUACUCCUUCCAUGUAUAAGCCAAAAGCUAAAGAGAAUUAAAAAAGGCUGGGAAAAGAGCCAAUUUCUAGAAGAAGGUGUUGGAGGAGCAGUUCCUCAUCUCUCACCAGAGAGGGUUACAGUAAUGUGAUGAUAAAUGGUGCUUGCCAAUGGCAUAUAAAGUUCGACUCAUGCCAUUAUUUUUAUGACUGCCUUUAUGUUCAUUUGCAAGUGCAUUGUCAAUUUACUUUGGGCUGAAACCUGUUCAAUGAGAUCUCAAGUGAAUUAAUGGUAGAAUUUUCUUCAAAUUAAUUUUCACAAAUGUAGUAUUUUGCCAAUAUAAAUUUUCAUAGUCAACUUAUUGUUGAAAGUUAGCUGUGUUUUGUCUUGUUUUGCACAAUCAUAUCACUGUUGUUAUUUUAACAAACUAUAUUCCAUUAUCAGGUAAAAAUAUUUAUAGUUAAUAUUAUUACAUAUAUAUAUAAUAUAAUGUUAAAAAACUUUGUAAACCAGCAGAAUUUUAAGUUUUCAUAUAAUUCAAUGGAUAUAUGUUUUUUCCAGAGGCUUAAAUGAGAGUUUAAUUAUUAUCCAGCUUAAGAAAUAGAAAUGCGUAAUCACAUAUUAUUUUUAAGAAAGGACACAUUACAUUGGCAUCUAGGUAUGGGUGCAUGGUAACAUUCCUAUAUUUUUCUCAUGAGAUAGGGUUUGAAGAAUGUAAUUAAUGAUAUGAACCAGUGUGAUUUGUGAGCAAACACAAAUUAGAAAGACAAAUGGAACCUGAAAUUGUAUUUAAAAUGCAUUGGAGACAUGAAAUAUAUACUGAAAUGCGUACUGACACUGAAAUACAUAUAUACCUCAUGAAAGAUUUUAUUCUUUAUCUUGUUACAAUUUCAUUUGCUUAUUAAUAUGUUGAUCAGAAAGAAGACAGUAAUAUUUGGCCUCCAAAACUGAUUUUUCUAAUGUAGAACCAAUCCUGGAAAUCUUAUAAUUGUUUCUAGGUAGAAGGAAAGUGUUAAAUUUACACACAAAUAGUUGUUUGUCAGCUGAUCUAUGUUGUUGCACCUUAGCCAGUCACCAUGCUGUAUCGUAUAGACUUUUGCUGACUUUUACUGAGGGAUUAUUGACAUGCCAGGCACUGUUCUAAGCACUUUACUUGUAUUACCCCAUUUAAUACUUAAAACAACCUCAUAACAGAUAUAGUUAUAUCCUCAUUUCACAUAUGAGAAAACUGAAGAACAGAAAAGUUAAGUUAUUUGCCAAGGUCAUGAAGUUAGUAAGUGGCAGAGCCGGCCUUCAAGUCCAGGCACUCAUAUUUCAGAGGCUAUGGUUUUAGCCACUAGGCUGUAUGAUCCCUGCUCCAUCCCUAUGCAUUACAUUUAUAAUGCCAAUCUAGAUGCUUCUUUUGUAUAAAGGCACUGACAUUCUUUACAGUUUGUUGUGGGUAUCAAAAGAUAUAUGAAAAUGUUACAAUCAUACAUUUAUUAUUGCUGGUGGGAUAAUCCACAGUUACUUACCCAGGGGAAGGAUCUUGCCUGGGCCAUCACCCCAGAGACUCAUGGUGGUCCAUAUGCCUCCCUGUCCAGGACUCCAGCAGAGAUAGGACCAUGGCAGUUUUAAUGACUGGCUGAGGUCUUACAGAAUCUUAAAAAGUCUCUGUAAAGUUGGUCAUCUCUUUAUCUCUUCCUGAGAACUUCUGCCCACUCAGCCAUUCAUUAGGGAGCAUUUUGCAAGCAUAAAGGAUAUUAGGAUAAGUGAUUAACUACAAAUCUACUCUAGAGACAUAUAAUCAUACAAAUUAUUCAUAAAAUUUUUCAGUGCUGACAUUCCCCAUUAAAGUUGCAUUUUGUUCAAACUUUGGUUAGAAUGCCCUACAUUUUUUUCCCAUAUGCUCUUUCCUUAUUAAAAUAGAAAGUUAUAGACAAGGUAAAUUAUAUGCAUUAUAUAAUUAGAUAUCCUGAAAUUAUAACAUUUCUCAGCUUACCCACUGAGGUACCACUGAAUUACUUAGUGGAAGCUACCUUUCUGACAAUGGCUGCUUCUCUGCUAUUGCACCAUGUGUUUGGUAAAUCACUCAUGAUUCUUGGAUGUUCUCUUUUUGGUGAAUCUUAAUUAUCUUGUACUUUUUAACUGAACUCUCCAUUUUCUUUAAUUAUAUGCUUCCCCUCUUGAUAGUCAGUUGCUUGUUAUUCUUAGUAGGAAUUCAGUUGGGUGAUAACUUUUAAAGGUAACACCUAUAGACUAUUGUAGUGGACAAGUGAAAUUAACAGCAUAUUUUUCAAUACUUUCUUGUUCCUUAAGGUUUCACUCUCUUAAGACCAUGCUUUCACCAUUUAAUGUGAAAUACAAGGAAAUAUUUUUAAAAGCUAGAUGACUGUUGAAGUACAUCAUUGCAUGUAUAGAUUAAGUAGCUAGUAAUAUAAAUAAAAUUAUCACUACACAGAUAAAUAGGACCUUUGAAAAUAUGAAAAAACAAAAUUUAUGAAAAUAUAUAUAAGAUGUAAAUUUCAAAUAGUAAUGUUUUCAGUACUACUCCUUUUAAGUCCUACAAAGACGAAGAAAUUUUGGAGUUUCAAAAUAAAUAUAAAAUAUUCAUUAUAAUUCUAAAUACCUAAAAUGCAAAAAUAUCAAUUAACUUUUAAUUGCUUUAUUUAAUUGACUUUUAAUUGCUUUAUUUUAUGAUUUACAACCUGGUUAUUUUUCUUAAUUCUUACUUCUCAUAAUCAUUUUUAAAAAAUCAGUAUUCUGGCCUCAGAAGUAGGGCUGAAUUCUGUUCUUGCUCAAUGUGAGAAAGUAUGGGAACUUAAAGUAGCAGGGAUUUGUUUCUUAAUCUGUAUUUUGAGAAGUGCCGUUGAGAAAAUUAUAAGAAUGUAGAAAAUAUACCUAGUCUUAAUCCUAUGGAAAAAAAUCGAGUAGUUUUUUUCCUAAGAGGAAAAUAAUCAAGGACUGAAUCUUGCUACUUAGCUUGGUGUGCAAAUUUCAUACAUCUCCUCUAUUAGGAAUUUUUAAAGUCAUGUUUAAAUAAGAAUAUAUUCAUGCUAACAUAUAUUUUUCAAGCAUGUAUGGAAAUUUAGUCCCAAUUAUCCACCUGUUGAGAUUUUUAUUUAAAUGUUAGAGUAUUUUGAAGUAUGAAUAAAUUAUAUUUAUAGAUAUUUAUCAGAGAUAAUUAUUUUGUGUUACAUGUGGAAUUGGAUAAAGAGCUCUAAUGUUAGGUCACCCAAUUAAUUUCUAAUAAAUUAGCAUAAUAUUGACUUGAUUAAGGAAUUUUACUUUCAAAAUUAAUUUGAUAAUAGUAACUUAAAGUAUAUUCAUACUUACAACUUAUGAAAAUUAUUUGUAUAAAAGGGCUUCAAGAAUACAUCAUAUCCAAUUUUCAUAUUAUCUCAUGAAAUAUGAUAAAACCUUAAUUCUUUUUAAUCGCCUUUUGCCACUAAACUAUUUCAUAAUAAAUUCUGUAUAGAGAGUUUCUCCACCAAAAAGAGGUUUGUUUGUGAAAUUUAAGGUUUCUUAUGUGAUAUUUUAAAUAAAGUACCAUAAAUGUAAUUGAUAAGUCUUUAAGAAUACUAUAAACACUGAACCUGUGUCACUCUAUAAAAUCUGUCUUGAAAUAGGUAUUUAAACAGCCUAAAAUGUCAUGGUGAAAUUAUUUUUCAAAUCCAUGAGUUACAUCAGUGUUACACAAAGUAUAACACACCUCAGUCCAGUGUUAAGAUCUGUGUUUGUGAUAUGUUUUCAUGAAAAUAAGAUGCUUUACCCUCAAUUGUUCAUAAGUCAGUAAAACAAAUUCUGGUGUAUAUUCAGUAUAUGUAAUUGCUCUAAAUGAAACUAAUAAUUUUAGUGGAAACAAUCUGUUCUUAUCUUUGAACACUGAAUUUUAUGGGAAUGAAUAGGUUCUUUAAUUUUUUUUAAUGUGAGAGAAUAAUAAAAUGCUAAUAUUCAGAGAUUCUGCCCAUAUAUCAAAAAAUGUUUAGUUCAGCCUAAAAUACUUACAUACUGAGAUUUCUUUAACUUUCCAAAUUAUUGGCUUUCCUUUGUGCACCAUUCAAAAUUGGGGCAGACUGUAUGGAUUUUCCCCGUGACUAGUGGGUAAAUUAAAUCACCAAAGCAGGUGCUUUUGUAUGAUUUCCAAAUUGCCAACUUCAAGGAAGAAUUAUCUUGAGGUCAAAGGUCUUUCAUAGCUUUGCAGAUAUCCAGCCUGAACAGGGACUGGAAGUUGUCUCCCAAUCACUAGUUACCGUACUUCUUUAAAAGCUGCUGCCUAUCACAUUCCUCCACUGCCCUGACAUUAGCUGUUUCCAUGAGUGUUAGCCAGCAAGAGGUAGAGGCACAUGUGAGUGAUUCCCUGGAAGUCUCUUCGAAGGAAAGCAGCAUAUGUUCUUGAUCUUAUUUCUCUACCUUGUUGAUGCAGUUGUGGCUAUAACAGGAGGACAAAGUCCAUAACCUAAGGAAGGCAUGUUAGAGACCAAAAAGAUCUUGAUUACUUCACUAUUUGGACUGCCUUUUCCUGUAGUUAAGCCUUGUAAACGUGGGUUUCUUUAUAUGAAGUCAAGACUAAUCCACUCUGGCCAUCAGUUCUUUGUCAUGAUACCGUUUAACACUGUUUGAAUAAACUAGAUUGCAAUAAGUAUACCUUUAGAAGUUUUUAAAGGAUAAUGUGCAAUUCACAUUAGAAUUGAUUUUCUGUUGUUAAUUAAUUGUACUCAUUUUCUUGCCUUGCUCUUUCAUUAGGUAUUUUGUAUCUGCUUGGAAAACAGUCUUCCUUAUAACUGUGUAAUAGAUGUUUGCUAAAACUUUGUUAUCUCAAAAAUAUUGCUCUCUGAUUAUAUGCCAUGUUUUUAUAUCAUUCUCAUAAAUCUGCCUUAUAAACAUCUAAAUAAAAAGUACUAUUUAAUGGG